AUGGCAUCGACACUCCUCUUAGGCGCAACCGGCCUUGUGGGCUCCCACAUCCUCUCAGUCCUUCGAGCAGGAAGCCCUUCACCUUUCUCCAGCAUUGAAGUAGUUGCGCGCCGCUCUGUCCCUUCGAGUCCCGACGCGAAAGUCGAAGUGAAAGAAUUCGUCGAAAAAGACACGUCCAAAUGGGUAGCCCAUGUGGCCUCACUAUCUCCCCCUCCCAGCACACUCUUCUCCAGCCUCGCCACCACAAGAGGCGCAGCGGGUGGGUUUGAGACACAAUACAAACUCGAGCAUGACCUAAACAUUGAAUUGGCCAAAGCGGCCAAAGAAGCCGGCACAAAGACAUACGUCUUGAUCUCAGCGGCUGGUGCCAAUUCCAAAUCGAGCUUCGCCUACCCAAGAAUGAAAGGAGAGAUUGAGGAGCACAUCAAAGAGAUUGGCUUUGAGCAUACCAUCAUCGUGAAACCAGGAUUGAUUGUGGGUGAUCGUCAAGAAAGUCGACCAUUGGAAGCUGUCUCGAGGGCCAUCGCGACCGGCGUGGGACGUCUCUACCACGGACUAAAAGAUCCGUGGGCCCAGGAUGCAGAUGUCAUCGCGAAGGCUGCUGUAUUGGCCGCGAUCAGAGUGGAGAAAGGCGACAUCAAAGAUAAAGUGCUUGUGGUCGGCCAAGCCGACAUUAUUCGUCUUGGUAAGAGGGAGUGGCCAACUUCAUCUUGA